AUGGCCAAGCGUUCCUUUGAGAUUCAGCUGCAGCAGCUGAACGACAAGAAGGAGCUGGAACAGCGCCGAGAGAAACGCAAAGAAGCAGAGGCCAAUCGGCAGGCCGCUGUGGAAGCUGGAGAUGCCGAGCAGAUUCUCAAAAGUACCAAGGCCACUGUGAAGGUGACCAAAGAGCAAAACGAGGAGACGAAGAAGCUUCUCCGGUUGAUGGGUGUGCCAGUUGUGGAUGCUCCCAGCGAGGCCGAAGCGACUUGUGCAGCGCUUUGCCGUGAUGGAAAGGUCUUUGCAGCAGCGACAGAGGAUGCGGAUUGUCUCACUUUUGGCACCAAGAUCCUCAUUAGGAAUUUGAUGGCUGCAGAAUCGCAGAAGAAGACCAUCCUGGAGGUUAACUUGGAGCUCGCUUUGCAGCAGCUCAAUAUCUCUAUGGACCAGUUCAUCGAUUUCUGCAUCCUCUGUGGUUGUGACUACUGCGACACACUGAAGGGUGUAGGUCCGAGCACUGCCAUCAAACUACUGGUGCAGCAUGGCACCUUGGAGAAGGCGGCUCGGGCACAGAGUUCGAAGUUGUGCUAUGAAGACUCAAAGAUUAAGCUAUAUAAUGCCUUCUCCACUCUAUGA